AUGCAUCUCAACGACCUCCCUGUUGCCAUAUUCUUCCUCAUCCUGCGUUUCCUCGUUCGUCUCAGCGCCCCGAACGGCGAUGAACCGCUCUACGUCGAGUUCCAGACCUUCCAGACCAACUGCAAGGAGUCCAACGAGCCGAUCUCCUACCUGCUCGUUCCUCUCAUCUGCGCCAUCCCCAACAGUCUAAUCAACUACACCGUGGGCCACGUCUUCGCAACCAUGCUCAUCCUCGAAGGCGAAGGCACGCCCACCGCGUCCCGCUACAGCGACACCGAGCACCAGAAGGACCACAGCCACGGCUCACGCAUCACCGACAGCCCUCUCAAGACCUUCGCCUUCCUCCGCGCCACCGGCGGCGCCCACAUGUUUUUCCGCGGCCUCAGCAUCAGCAUCCUCUACCACGUCUGCCUGUACCUCUUCACAGCAACACUACACCUCCUCACCGGCCCUUCCAUCUUCGCCGCCGCUCUCAUCGACAUUCUCGCCCGCGUCCUCCUCGCCGAGCUCCACCUAACCUGGACACACGCGACCAUCUGCGCACGAUCCAACACGUUCGUUCCGCUCACACACAACCCACAGCGCUGGUCCGCCCUGCUCAUCCCAACCCUCGUCCGCGCCACCGCAAGGUCAGCCAUGCUGCAUCUCCCCCACGCCGUCAACCGCUCCAGCACCCUCCUCUUCCCGCACCCGUCAGUCAACUCCGCCGCGCACGACGGCCUUGUCCCGCAUCUCUUCGCCUUCGGCGAGGUCGGCACGCUGUUCCAGUGGGUGCUAAUCCGCGUGUUCGUGUUGAUGCCUGCGACGAUCGCGUUGACGCUCGUCGAGGCGCGCUUCUUGGACGACGCGGAGGCGACGAUCCUGCCUGACGCGACGGGGCGGCGCAGAGCCAAGAUGCGCGAUUUCGUUGACGGGAGGAUGCGGUUGGUUCGGAUGGAGGGCGUCGGACAGGGGGUUUAUCGGUUUGUGAGGGGGAAGACGUUUAUCGGGCUGUGUCGGCUGCAUGCGAUCAAGUGUUCGGUUGAGUUUGUGGUGGAGUGUGUCGUUUGGUGGGCGGCGGAUGUGAUGGGGGUGGUUUAUACACCGGAGGCGUUUCAGGCUUCUUAG